AACUCUGAGGGAUCACGUGAUGGCAGUAUAUCCUUAUAAAAGACUGGGUGCAGCCAUAGAACAAAUGUUUGGGAUUCACAACUGUGGUAGAAACAUUGUAACCAACACCAUGAGUGACCUGUCAGUAGAAUUGUUAAAUAACUAUCUGCUUAAACUGGAGUGUCAUUUCACAUGGACUUAUUUCAAAGACGAGACUGAUAUUGACAAUAUAGAAGACAGGGUUCAUGAUCAAAUUGCAUUUUUACCUUCUACACACAGACAUAGGCUUCAUAAUUUAUUGGCCUAUACAAGUCAUUUGAAAGGAGACAAUGAAGAAGCAAUCAGAGAGCUUCAGAAAGCUGAAGAGCACCUGCAAGGAACACAGACUGCUGAUGUGGAUAUCAAAAGAGCUGUGACCUACAGUAAUUACUCCUGGCUGUUCUACCAUUCAAACCAGUUCAGCAAAGCUCAGUCUUAUUUAGAAAAAGUGGAAGCCAUUUACAAGAAGUUUGAAUCUUCUCCAGAACAUAAUUUUCUUCUUACUGAGAUAUAUGGAGAACAGGCCUGGGCUCUGUUAACAGUUUAUGGAAAAUACGUGGAAAGAGCUAAAGAGUGUUUUGAGAAAGCUCUAGUGCUAGAUCCAGACAAUCCUGAGCUCAAUUCAGGAUAUGCCAUAGUCAUGUAUCGCCUUGAAAGUAAAAAUGACAGAAUUUAUAGGACCGGUAAAUGUAAAUCUAUAGAAUUGCUUACACGUGCUGUGACAUUAAAUGAAAAUGAUACUGUGAUUAAGGCUCUUCUUGCUUUGGAAUAUCUAUAUUUGGGUCAAGCUGAAAAGGGAGAAAAGAUUAUGGAGGAGGCUCUUGGACAAACUCCAGACUCACCUUAUUUACUUCGAUAUGCUGCCAAAUUUUACAGAAUUAUAGAAAGGACUGAUGAUGCUAUUACCAUUCUGAAAAAAGCUUUGAACCAAACUCCCACUUCAAGCUCUCUUCACCACCAGUUGGGGCUUUGUUACAAACAGAAGAUGAAAAAGUUAAUGAAAUCUGCAAAGUCAUGUUAUCAGCCUACCAAUUCCUAUACAAGGGGCAUACGUGAAGCCAUUUCUUCUGCUAUCUUUCAUUUUGAGAAAGCUCUUGAAUUUCAAAAAAUAUUUGUUGAUGCCUAUAUCAAUUUAGCUGAAAUGUAUGCCAAAGGAAAUCAGUUUGAAAAAGCUGAAGAUACAUUUCAAAAGGCACUAAAUUUGGAAAAUCUAGAAUGUGAAGAGAAACAAGAGAUUCACUUCAAUUUUGCACUUUUUAAGCAACAUCAAAUUAGAUCUGAAUCUGAAGCCAUAAGGCAUUACAGGGAAGUAUUACUGAUACCGAAUAACACAAAUGCAAGAUCUUAUUCCAGAAAUAAUUUGGAAGAGUUGGCUGGACAAAAAGUAACAAAACACCCAUCAGAUGCAACUGGCUUUGGACUGUUAGGGUUCAUUUAUCAGCAGGAGGGAGAAGUUAAACAGGCAACUGAUUACUAUGAGAAAGCACUGGAACUUGAUCCAGAUAAUGAGGAUUAUUUGAGUGCAUUGUGUUGCAUGAGACUCAGUGAAUAACAACUGAAGUAUUUUAA